AUGGUGGCCAGGGUGUACGACGAUCUCUUGCGGCUCCGGACAUGGCGCUCGGAUGAAAUAAUCUGCACUAAAGCCGCAACGCCUCUAAUUAGGAGCCGUAUCGGUCCGUGUCAAAAACGUGGUCUGGACAUGAGAAUGGGCGGGAAGCAGCCGAAACGUGUCGGUCUAGCGCCCGGCCCAGCGGGAAAUCGCACGUCCUCAUGGAGAGUGAGUGAGUGGGUUGGAAACUUGGCAGAGCCAAUCGAAUCCGAUAAUCUGUUCGGCGGCUCCGCGGUGGAGAUGCACCAGGACACGAGUCAGUCACAUCUCGGUCCAUCAAUGUUUAGGACUGUUUAG